AGGUAUCGUGCGGUAGCGUCGUGGAGCAGGGUCCAGGGUGUCGGGGUUCCCCUGUUAACAGCAGUAGAGAUCAUCUCUAUUUGGUUGUUAUCCAUUCUGAUGGCUGUACCAGAGGCUAUAGGAUUCAACAUGGUCACCUUUGAGUACAGGAAUGCGACCAUACGGACCUGCAUGCUCAACCCACAGACACCAUUCAUGACGUUCUACCGGGAUGCCAAAGACUGGUGGUUGUUUGGAUUCUAUUUCUGUGUUCCGUUGGCGUGUUCCGCAGUGUUCUACACUCUGAUGACAUGUGAGAUGUUACAUCACAGAGACGGAUCUCUCCGCAUCGCGCUCAGCGAACACCUCAAACAGCGUCGGGAGGUAGCCAAGGCCGUGUUCUGUCUGGUCCUGAUCUUCGCUCUGUGCUGGUUCCCUCUGCAUCUCAGCAGGAUCCUGAAGAAGAUGGUUUACAUGCCUCAUGACGCCCGACGCUGUGAACUGCUCAAUUUCCUGUUGGUCCUCGACUACUUCAGUAUUAACCUGGCCACAGUCAACUCCUGCAUCAAUCCCAUCACUUACUUCGUUAGCAAGAAGUUCAAAAACUGCUUCAAGUCAUGUCUGUGUUGGUGGUGUGACUCCAGUUUCCUGAUCGACAGUAUGGUACCUCAGAACCUCAACGGAACCAGCCUACAGAAUAAGAACCCAGAUCAACAGUAUGGUACCUCAGAACCUCAACGGAACCAGCCUACAGAAUAAGAACCCAGAUCAACAGUGUGGUACCUCAGAACCAACGGAACCAGCCUACAGAAUAAGAACCCAGAUCAACAGUGUGGUACCUCUGAACCUCAACGGAACCAGCCUACAGAAUAAGAACCCAGAUCAACAGUGUGGUACUCUGAACCUCAACGGAACCAGCCUGAAGAAUAAGAACCCAGAUCAACAGUGUGGUACCUCAGAACCUCAACGGAACCAGCCUACAGAAUAAGAACCCAGAUCAACAGUGUGGUACCUCUGAACCUCAACGGAACCAGCCUGCACAAUACGAACCCAGAUCAACAGUGUGGUACCUCAGAACCUCAAUGGAACCAGCCUGAAGAAUAAGAACCCAGAUCAACAGUGUGGUAUCUCUGAACCUCAACGGAACCAGCCUACAGAAUAUGAACCCAGAUCAACAGUGUGGUACCUCAGAACCUCAACGGAACCAGCCUGAAGAAUAAGAACCCAGAUCAACAGUGUGGUACCUCUGAACCUCAACGGAACCAGCCUACAGAAUAAGAACCCCAUAAUGACAAAGCAAAAACUGUUUUGUAGAAAAUGUUGCUAAUUUAAUUCAAAUAAAUAACUGAAAUAUUCCAUUUACAAAAGUAUUCAGACCCUUUACUCAGGGCGUUAAAGCGAUUACAGAAUCGAGUCUUCUUGGGUAUAAUGGUACAAGCUUGUCACACCUGUAUUUGGGGAGUUUCUCCCAUUCUUCUCUGCAGAUCCUCUCAAGCUCUGUGAGGAUGGAUGGGGAGCGUCGCUGCACAGCUAUUUCAGGGCUCUACAGAGAUGUUUGAUCGAGUUCAAGGACAUUCAGAGACUUGUCCCGAAGCCACUCCUGCACUGUCUUGGCUGUGUGCUUAGGGUCGUGGUCCUGUUGGAAGGUGAACCUUCGCCCCAGUCUGAGGUCCUGAGUGCUCAGGAGCAGGUUUUCAUUAAGGAUCUCUCUGUACUUUGCUCUGUUCAUCUUUCCCUCAAUCCUGACUAGUCUCCCAGUCCCUGCCGCUGAAAAACAUCCCCACAGCAUAAUGCUGCCACCGCCAUGCUUCACCAUAGGGAUGGUGCCUGGUUUCCUCCAGGCAUGAUGCUGCCACCGCCAUGCUUCACCGUAGGGAUGGUGCCUGGUUUCCUCCAGACAUGAUGCUGCCACCGCCAUGCUUCACCGUAGGGAUGGUGCCUGGUUUCGUCCAGACGUGACACUUGGAAUUCAGACCAAAUCUUGUUUCUCAUGAGUCCUUUAGGUUCAUUUUGGAAAGAGCGCUGUCAUGUGCCUUUUCCUGAGUAGUGUCGUCCGUCUAGCCCCUCUACCAUAGAGGCCUGAUUGGUGGAGCGCUGCAUAGAUGGUUGUCCUUCUGGAAGGUUCUCCCAUCUCCACAGAGGAACUCUGGAGCUCUGUCAGAGUGACCACCUGGUCAUUGGUCACCUCCCUAACCAAGGCCCUUCUCCCCUGAUUGCUCAGUUUGGCCGGGCGGCCAGCUCUAGGAAGAGUCUUGGUGGUUCCAAACUUCUUCCAUUUAAGAAUGAUGGAGGCCAUUGUGUUCUUGGUGAACUUCAAUGCUGCAGAAAUGUUUUGGUACCCUUCCCCAGAUCUGUAUCUCAACACAAUCCUGUCUCUGAGCUCUACAGACAAUUCCUUUGACCUCAUGGCUUGGUUUUUGCUCUGACAUGCACUGUUAACUGUGGGACUUUAUAUAGACAGGUGUGUGCCUUUUCCAAAUCAUGUCCAAUCAUUUGAAUUUACCACAGGUGGACUCCAAUCAAGUUGUAGAAACAUCUCAAGGAUGAGCAAUGGAAACAGGAUCCACCUGAGCUCAAUUUCGAAUCUCAUAGCAAAGAGUCUGAAUAUUUACUACAAAAGGGUCUGAAUAUUUAUGUAAAUAAGGUUUAUAAUAUUUAUGAUAAUGAUAAUAAUAUUUAUGUACAUUUGCAAACAUUUCUAAAAACCUGCUUUUGCUUUGUUAUUAUGGGGUAUUGU